GGGGUUCCAGUGCUUUACCUCUCUAGAGACCACAGACAACUGAGGGCUGAAGAUUUUAGAAUAAAAAAAAAUGAAAGAGGUGGGAGAAAUUCUGCUGGGCUGGCAGAAAAAUAAAGUGACAAUUCCUGAAAGGACAUCCCAGCUCACAGUCGUCCUCCCACCGACAACACGAGCUCUAUCUGCUCGGUUCACCCGGUGUGCAAGGUGUUGCAUGGAGAAGAUCUAACGACAGCAGCUAAGGUCCAAUGACUGACAGCUGGGAAAAAGGACAACCAUCAGAGUGAAUCUCUGGAAGCCGAGCCUCACCUGGCUGUGAGCAGAUCUCAUCCUUCAGCUGGAAAACCAGACCACGCUUAAUCAUUUGCCGAGGAAGGACGCUGCUAAGAGAAACUUAGAGAACUGAAGGUCGACAUGGCUGCCCUCCAGAAGCUUUUCAGCGUUUUGUGCCUGGUAACACUUGCCGUCAGCCAGGACAUGCCUUACGAGGAACUCCUUGCCCAGAUCCAAGCCUGCCCGAAGGAGUGCACCUGCCCCCAAAACUUCCCCCGUGCAGUCUACUGCGACAACAAAGGGCUGAAGAGCAUCCCUAAAAUCCCUCCUUACACGUGGUAUCUCUAUCUGCAGAACAAUCUGAUUGAGACGGUGCCAUCAGAUGCACUGCAGAACGCAACACAGCUGCGCUGGAUGAACCUAAACCGCAACAAAAUCACAAGUGACGGAGUAGAAGAAGGUGUCCUGGGUGCAAUGAACCACUUGGCUCAUCUGUAUAUGGACGACAACCUGCUGUCCACUGUGCCGUCACCGCUGCCAGCCAGCCUUGAGCACCUACGCCUCUCUCGCAAUCGCAUCUCCAAGAUUCCUGCAGGCGUGUUCAUCGGCCUGGACAAGCUAAACCUGCUGGAUCUUCAGGCGAACAAGCUGAUGGAUGAUGCUGUCACUGAAGUAAGCCUAAAAGGUCUUACCAACCUGGUUCAGAUCAACCUGGCAAAGAACCAGCUGAGUAGCAUGCCCCUUGGACUGCCACCCACCACCACCCAGCUUUUCCUUGACGGUAACAACAUUGACAAGAUCCCUGCCGACUACUUCAAAGGUUUGCCCAAGGUGGCAUUUCUGAGGCUCAACCACAACAAGCUUGGCAGCAGUGGCGUUCCAAAAGAUAUUUUUAAUAUCUCCAGCAUGCUGGACCUGCAGCUGUCUCACAAUCAACUGACGGAGGUUCCGGUCAUUCCCUCGGGCCUUGAGCACCUUUACCUUGACCACAACAAGAUUGCAAGUGUGAAUGGCUCCAGUGUGUGUCCCAUCUCUGUUGAGGCGCUGGAUGGCUCAACGAAUGAAAGCGUGCCAAAGCUUCGUUACCUCCGACUGGAUGGCAAUGAGAUCAGUCCACCGAUUCCCAUGGAUGUUGUCACCUGCUUUCGUCUCCUCCGGUCUAUUGUUAUCUAAACAAAAAAAUCUACAAUGUGUUGCGAGCUAAUUCAGUUCCCACACAACUAUUGAAAUGACACGGAUGUUGUUCCGGUAGAUGCGACUUGCAAAGCCUACGCUAACAUUACGAUUUCCAUUGUUGCGUCUUGGAAUGUCUUUACAGCGGGUUAGGAAUAAAAUCCAAAAGAAACACACUAAUCGAUAGAUGUCCUCGAUAUAUUUGUUGACCGCUAGCUGUGCCUUAUGUCAGUGAAAAAAACCCAAGUGUAGACCUCUGACCUAAGAGGUAUUUCCCUUUAGCAUGUGUGUAAAUAAAUGCAGUAAAUAUAUGUGUCAAUGGGAUGUGGUGAGAUUAUGAACUGGAUUUUAAGAAAUUGCAAACUGUCCAUAUUCUUUUUUUUCUUCCUUUGACCACUUUUUUGUAGGCAGAGGCUUGAUGAACAGGCAUGUGUUCUAGGUUUGUGUUUUUUUUUUUUUUUUGCUCAUAAAAAGAAAACCUCUCUUUCCAAUAUGCAUACGUAUAUAUUGUUGGUAAUUUAUUUUUAUUUAAUAUUGGGUGAAACUGAGUAGAAUCCUGUGAAUAUUCAUGGCCAACAAUGCUUAAUGUUUUGUAUACAGAAAAUGUGAAUAUUUGCCAACUUUAUUUUUUAAAUUCUGGUUGUUAUUUUUCUGAAUACACUGAGCAGGGGAUUUCAUUUUAAAUUCU